AUGGCUGUAGACUCAUUAGACUUGAUUGUUGUUUCUUUAUUGGCAGCUGCGAUUGCCGGGUAUUACUUGAAGAACCACUUCCUUGCCCCUCCAGAAUCAAAGGGUUUUAUCACAACACCAGCUUCAGGCGGCGCGACUAACACCAGAGACAUUUUACAAACUUUACACCACCACGAUAAAAAUGUCCUUUUGUUGUACGGCUCCCAAACUGGUACUGCUGAAGAUUUCUCCCAUAAGAUGGCUCGAGAAUUAACUUCGAGAUUUGACUUGAAAUGUAUGGUUGCCGAUUUUGCUGAUUAUGACUGGGAUAACUUGAAGGAUAUCUCCAGUGACGUCCUUGUUUUCUUUGUUAUGGCCACUUAUGGUGAAGGUGAACCUACUGAUAAUGCCAUUGAAUUUUUUGACUAUUUGGAAACUGAGGACGACUUGUCCAGUUUGAGAUACUGUGUGUUUGGAUUAGGUAAUUCUACUUAUGAAUUCUUCAAUGCCAUUGGUAGAAAAACAAGAGAUUUGUUGACUGAAAAGCAAGCUGAAUCCUUUGCUCCUUAUGGUGAAGGUGAUGACGGGUUGGGUACCUUGGAUGAAGAUUUCUUGGCUUGGAAAGACGGUGUUUUUGAAUCCUUACGUAAUAACCUCCAUUUCGAAGAACAAGAAUUAAAGUUCCAACCAAGAAUCAAAUUGGAAGUUCGCGAUGAUUUAACUGCUGAAGAUGAAACUGUUGCCCUCGGUGAACCAAACAAGAGAUAUCUCAACUCUGACGAAGACUUGACUAAGGGUCCAUUUGACAAUACUCAUCCAUAUGUGGCCCCAAUUGUCAAUGUUAAAGAAUUGUUCAAGUCUGAAGAAAGACAUUGUGUUCAUGUUGAUUUUGAUAUUUCUGGUUCUAACUUGAAAUACACUACUGGUGACCAUUUAGCCAUCUGGCCAUCUAACAGUAAUGAAAAUAUUGAAAAAUUCGUGGAAGCCUUUGGAUUGAAGGAUAAACUUGAUGAAGUGUUUGACUUAAAGAGAUUGGAUCAAACUUAUGUUGCUCCAUUCCCUACUCCAAUCACUUUUGGUGCUGUUUUACGUCACCAUUUGGAAAUUUCAGGACCAAUUUCAAGACAAUUGUUACUUUCCAUUGCUGAAUUUGCCUUGACUGACGAAGUUAAGAAAUCAAUUAUGGCAUUGGCAAACAACAAGGCCAAAUUUGCUGAAGAAAUCACUGCUAAGAAGUAUAAUUUUGCUGAUGUGUUGUUGAAGAUUUCCAAUGGUCAACCAUGGACUAAAGUUCCAUUUGAAUUUAUAAUUGAAAAUCUUCAACAUUUAACUCCUAGAUACUACUCUAUUUCCUCAUCUUCGCUGAAGGAAAAGAAUACCAUUUCCGUUACUGCUGUGGUUGAAGCUGAACAAAUUGAAGACAGAUUGAUUACUGGGGUUGUUACCAACUUGUUGAAAGACAUUGAUAUUGUCAAGAACAAGCGUGAUGUCAAACCAUUGGUUACUUACAACUUGUCUGGACCAAGAAACAAGUUCUUUGAAUUUAAAUUACCAGUUCAUGUUAGAAGAUCAACCUUCAAAUUACCCACCAGUAGUACAACCCCAAUCAUUAUGAUUGGUCCAGGUACAGGUGUUGCUCCAUUAAGAGGUUUUAUCCGUGAACGUGUUCAACAAUUUGAAAAUGGUGUCAACGUUGGUAAAUCUGUAUUGUUUUAUGGAUGUAGAAACAGAGAACAGGACUACUUGUACAAGGAUGAAUGGGUUCAAUAUGGUGAAGUUCUUGGAGAUAAGUUUGAAUUAUUCACCGCUUUCUCAAGGGAAGAUCCAAACAAGAAGGUCUAUGUCCAGCACAAACUUUUGGAAAACUCUGCUAAGAUCAACCAAAUGCUUUUGGACGGAGCCAUGAUUUAUGUCUGUGGUGAUGCUGCCCAUAUGGCCAGAGAUGUCCAAGCUGCCUUUGCCAAGAUCAUAAGUGACGAACGUGACAUAUCAGUUGAAAAAGCUGGUGUUUUAAUUAGAUCGUUGAAGGUUCAAAAUAGAUACCAAGAAGAUGUGUGGUAA